AUGCAGUGGUAUGCUAUGUAUUGGGGGGCACAUCCUCCAUUCACGGUAUUGAAUGGAUAUAUACAAAGGCAGUGGGCAAAGCAUGGCAUUAAUAAAGUAGUGAUGCUAAGAAAUGGUAUUGUAUUAGUACGAUUUGAUACAGAAUUGGGUAAGAAUGAGGUAAUGCAAGGAGGUAUAUACCACUUUGACAACAAGCCAUUCACUGUAAAGGCUUGGAGUCCGGAUAUGGAAUUCACUAGAGAAGAGCUAUACACAGUAACAAUAUGGGUGAAACUGCCAGGUUUGGACUUCAAAUAUUGGAGCCCUAAGGGACUUAGUAAAAUUGGGAGUUUGAUUGGGAAGCUGCUGAUGGUGGACCAAAAUACUGAGAAAAAGAUGGGGCUUAACUUUGCUAGACUAUUGAUUGAAGUAUAUAUUGAUAUGAGCCUACCUGAGAAGGUGUAUUUCAGGAAUGAGAAGGGAAGCCUAGUGGAACAGAGAGUACACUAUGACUGGAAACCUACUAUAUGCAAAUAUUGCCACAAGUUUGGCCAUGAGGAAGUAAGAUAUUGGAAGAAGAACAAACCCCAGCAAAAGUCUCCAAAGAAGCUAGAAGAAGAGAGGCACAAUGUAGCAGAAGAACCAAAGACAUAA